AUGGGUCACCUGACUGCGCUCUUCCAAGAGAUGUGGCGUCAAGGUGAAGUCCCGCAAGAUUUCAAAGACGCAACCAUCGUGCAUCUCUACAAGCGCAAAGGGAAUCGCCAAGUCUGCGACAAUCACCGCGGCAUCUCCCUGCUGAACAUCGGCGGGAAGAUUUUCGCUCGCAUCCUGCUCAACCGCCUCAAUAACCAUCUCGAACAGGGCCUUCUGCCGGAUAGCCAAUGCGGCCUCCGUCGUCAUCGUGGGACCACGGAUAUGAUCUUCGCCGCCCGUCAACUUCAGGAGAAGUGUCAGGAGAUGCGGACCCACCUGUACUCUACCUUCGUGGACCUGACGAAAGCCUUCGACACGGUGAAUCGUCAAGGACUGUGGAAGAUCAUGCAGAAAUUCGGCUGUCCGGAGCGGUUCACUCAGAUGGUGCGUCAGCUGCACGACGGUAUGAUGGCGCGAGUCACGGACAACGGAGCUGUCUCAGAGGCAUUCACAGUGACGAAUGGAGUGAAGCAAGGCUGCGUACUGGCGCCUACCCUCUUCAGUCUUUUGUUCUCUGCCAUGCUGAUGGACGCCUACCGCGACGAACGCCCCGGGAUCCGCAUCGCCUACAGGACGGACGGUCACCUCCUGAAUCAACGGCGGAUGCACUUCAAAUCGCGCGUAUCCACAACCACCGUGCACGAACUCCUCUUCGCCGACGACUGCGCCCUGAACACCACCUCGGAAGAGGAGAUGCAACGGAGCAUGGACCUGUUCUCCGCCGCCUGCGAGAACUUCGGUCUGGUCAUUAACACGCAGAAGACGGUGGUGAUGCACCAACCGCCACCCAACUCGGCCACAGCCCCCAACGCGCCGCCGCAAAUCAGCGUGAAUGGGACCCAACUGCAAGUGGUGGAGAACUUCCCGUACCUGGGCAGUACUCUCUCCCGCAACACCAAGAUCGACGACGAAGUCGCCAACAGGAUCUCGAAAGCCAGUCAAGUCUUCGGUCGCCUCCAAAGCACAGUUUGGAAUCGUCAUGGUCUCCAACUGAGCACGAAGCUGAAUAUGUACAAGGCCGUCAUCCUGCCGAAGCUACUGUAUGGAGCGGAGACUUGGACGGUGUACGCAAAGCAGGCACGUCGUCUGAACCACUUCCACCUCAGUUGUCUUCGUCGCAUCCUGAGGCUGAACUGGCAGGAUCGAAUCCCCGACACUGAUGUGCUGGAACGGACGGGAAUCCUCAGCAUCUAUGCCAUACUAAGGCAAAUUCAGCUGCGCUGGAGCGGCCACCUUGUGCGCCUGGACGACGAGCGACUACCCAAACGACUCUUCUACGGAGACGUCGCGACGGGUUCUCGCCGUCAAGGAGGCCAGAUUCGCCGUUACAAGGAUACCCUGAAGUCCUCCCUGAAAUGCCUGCAAAUCAACCCCACCAACUGGGAGGAGCUCGCACUCGAUCGACCGACCUGGAGGAGAACAGUGAAGACAGGUGCUGCGAUCUACGAAGCCAACCGCAUCGCUGCCGCCAAAGCGAAACGUGAAGCCCGCAAAUCACAACUUCGCCCAGUAAGCAACGCCGCUGCACAACCGCUUCCAACGUGUCCUCGAUGUCAACGGACAUUCCGGGCUCGAGUCGGACUUGUUGGACAGUCGACCAUGACAGCCACCGCGCCCAUUCCCAACUCCAGUCUGCUGACCGGCUCGGACAGCGGCUGGGGUGUGGGAGUGGGAAGGGAGAGUGAGGUCGACGACUCAGCGCACUUCCUCCUCACUAUAAACAAUCUGACGCGCUUGAAGCUAUCACGGUGCGUUAAAAGCCGUGGCUUGGAAGGUUGCCAACUGACGGGGUACCUUGGACCUCCUCCUUGA